AGACACAGAAAAUAGUAAAGUAAUAAAACCAAAAUCUCUCUCUCUCUCUCUCUCAGAACAAAUACAAUCCCAAGUCCUUUUUUUUGACUCUGUUCCUUUGAAAAUUCUUGGGGUUAAGGUUUGUAAAUUCCUUCUCAAUUUUAGAAAAUUUUUUUUGUCUUGUUUGUACUUUUGUAACCCCCCCAAUUGAUCAAUUUUUUCUAUAAAUUUGUGCAUACUGUAGCUCAGUUUCUCUCUCUUUCUAACAAAAUCAAACUGAUUCAAUUUCCUGGUCUCUGUCUCCCAAAUUUGUUGUUUUUCCUUUACUGGGUUUCAGAUUCUAGGACAUUUGUUGGGUUUUUUUAUUUUGUGUGUAAAAAAAAAAAAAAAAAUCACUGAUUUAUUUGGUUGAAUGCAAAAAAUCAACUGGGUUUCUUGGGGGAAAAAAAAAAUACUGUAUCUAAAAAAAAAAAAAAAAACUUUUUUAAUAAGGGUCUCUGAUUUUGGAACAUUUAUUUGGUUUUUGUGUUAAAAAUCACUGAUUUAUUUGGGUUUGAAUGCAAAAAUCAGUUGGGUUUCUGGAGAAAAUUGAAAAGAUUCAACUUUUAUUCAAAGGGUCUCUGGAUUUGGGUUAUUGUGGAAGAAAAAGUUCAAAAUCAGUGAUUUUUUCAUGUCUUUAAUUGCAAAAAUCAAUUGGGUUUUCGUCAAAACUCGGUUUUGAUUAGCUUAUUGAAGGUUUUGUGUGUGUGAUCUGAGACCCAACACAGAAAAAAAAAAAGCAAAAAAGCCAAAGCAAAAAAGAAAAGGCCAUGGCGGUUCCAACCAUUGCUCUAUACGCAAGUCCACCAAGCAGCGUGUGCUCCACACCACACUCAUCGUACGAUUUCGAGCUGGGCUCAUCUCCACCGUCUACGUGUCAGAAGCCUGUGAUUGGAGGCCUCUCUUGCCUCUUCUCAUCGUCCUCUUCAGUAAGAUCCUCUUCCAGCUUUUGUAGUGAUGAGUUGAAGAGUGAGGAAUUGAAGGAGCUGAGCUUGAGUAGCUCUUAUGGUUAUUCUUCUCCAAGCAAGUUUUCUGGGUCCUUUUUGAAAAAGGAUUUGAGCCCUGUCUCAGUUUUUCAAGGGCCAGUUUCUUGUUGUAGUAGUGGUAGUAAUAGUGUGGUGGUUGGUUCAGCUAGGGGUAGUAGUGCUUGUACUAAUAAUACUAGUAGUCCCACAUUGAGUUUCCAAAGUGGUUUGUUUAAUGGGUUUGUGAGGAACGCUUAUGGUUCUUGUUUAGAUUAUGGUUCUUCUACAUCAGGACUGGAGGUUUGUGGGGACGAGUUAAAUGUGGAGGAGCUGACUUUUAACAUAGAGGUGGAGCAAGGGAAUGCUGAGCCUUAUGUGAAGGAGUUGUUGUUGGGUGCACAGUUGAGACACAAGAUCUUCCGUGAGGAUUUUGUGGUUAAAGCUUUUUAUGAGGCUGAGAAAGCUCAUAGAGGGCAGAUGCGUGCUAGUGGAGAUCCUUAUUUGCAGCAUUGUGUGGAGACUGCAGUGAUGCUGGCUUUGAUUGGAGCUAAUUCGACUGUGGUUGCUGCAGGGCUUUUGCAUGACACUCUGGAUGAUUCUUUUAUGAAUUAUGACUAUGUUUUUGGGACUUUUGGUGCUGGGGUUGCUGAUUUGGUUGAAGGGGUCUCCAAGCUAAGUCACUUGAGUAAGCUUGCACGUGACAACAAUACAGCUAAUAAAACAGUUGAGGCUGAUCGCUUGCAUACCAUGUUCCUUGCGAUGGCUGAUGCAAGGGCUGUCCUCAUUAAAUUGGCGGAUCGAUUGCAUAAUAUGAUGACACUAGAUGCAUUGCCUCCAGCUAAGCAACAAAGGUUUGCGAAGGAGACCUUGGAGAUUUUUGCACCCUUGGCUAAUCGUUUAGGAAUCUCUAGUUGGAAGGAUCGACUAGAAAAUCUGUGUUUUAAGCAUCUCCACCCAGACCAGCACGAAGAAUUGUCCUCUAAGCUUGUUGAGUCGUUUGAUGAGGCGAUGAUCACUUCUGCCACAGAAAAAUUAAAGCAGGCUCUUAAGGCUAAAUCUGUUUCUUAUCAGGACUUAUCUGGGCGGCAUAAGAGCUUGUAUAGCAUAUACUCCAAAAUGUUGAAAAAGAAGCUAACUAUGGAUGAAAUUCAUGACAUUCAUGGGUUACGUUUGAUUGUUGACAAUGAGGAGGAUUGCUAUAAAGCAUUGAGAGUUGUUCACCAGCUAUGGCCUGAAGUACCUGGAAAGCUCAAGGACUACAUUAGUCAUCCCAAGUUUAAUGGGUAUCGAUCUCUACACACAGUAGUGAUGGAUGAAGGAAUGGUUCCUCUUGAAGUUCAAAUCCGGACAAGGGAGAUGCAUUUGCAGGCAGAAUUUGGAUUUGCGGCUCAUUGGAGAUACAAGGAAGGUGAUUGUAAACAUCCUUCAUUUGUUCUUCAGAUGGUCGAGUGGGCUCGAUGGGUUGUUACCUGGCAAUGUGAGACAAUGAAUUCAUCCAUUGCCUAUGCUGAUUCGAUUAGGCCACCCUGCACAUUCCCUUCACAUUCUGAGGAUUGUCCGUAUUCAUAUAAGCCACACUGUGGCCAGGAUGGGCCUGUGUUUGUGAUCAUGAUCGAGAAUGAUAAGAUGUCAGUACAGGAGUUUCCUGCUAACUCGACGAUAAUGGAUUUGUUGGAAAGAUCUGGACGAGGAAGCUUAAGAUGGACCCCGUAUGGUUUCCCUCUGAAGGAAGAAUUGAGGCCGAGGCUGAACCAUCAGCCAGUGAAUGACCCCAUGUGCAAGUUGAAAAUGGGGGAUGUGUUGGAGUUAACUCCAGCCAUACCUGACAAGUCUUUGACAGAGUACAGGGAAGAGAUUCAGCGAAUGUAUGAUCGCGGGCUGACUGUAUCUAGCAGCGGCCCUGCUGCUAGCAGUAUAGUUGGAUGGAGAAGUUGACCCUUUUAAUGGCCCCUUUUCUUAGUUAUAUAUAUACAUUUUAGUGACAAUCAACCAUUCUUGUACAUAUAAAAUCAUUAUAUAUUUGUACAGAACAUAUGUAUCGUUCUGUAAUGAAGAAAUGACAACUAACUGGAUUCAGCAAAGUGAUGAAUGAUUGAUAUUCUAAAGUCGCUUUGAUUUCUCUGUA